AUGAUACAGGUCGACUCCGCCGAGCCGCUCAUCAGCCGCGCCGCCUCCGCGCGCUUGCGCACCGCCGUCGUCCGCCCCAAGCUCCGCCUGUUUUGUAUCGCGCAGGCUGGAUGCGACGCCGGAUGCUUCCACCCCUGGCAGGACCUUCUCCUCCCCGGGGAGGUUGAGGUUUUGCCCCUCGAGCUCCCCGGCCGCGGGCAGCGCUUCAGAGAGAGCCCCGACGCGUUCGGCUCCAUCCGCGCGCUCGUCGCCGACGAGAUCCUCCCGAAGAUAUCCAAGCUCCUCCCGCGAACGGACUUCGACGAGGGUGCGCGAGGGUGCCCGGCGACGAUGGAGCAGCACCACGAGUGGACCAACCCCCCGUUCGCGAUAUUCGGCCACAGCUUCGGCGCCCUCGUCGCCUACGAGAUUUGCGCGCAGAUCGAGGCCCGCGCGCGCCGCCACGACUGGCCGUGGGCCAAACCCUCGACGCUGUACGCGUCGGGGAUGCGCGCGCCGUCGCUGUGCGGCCCGGCGCACGACCCGGACGACACAAAUCCGACCCUCUCCACCCUCAUCGACGACGACGUUUUCUGGACCGCGUUCGAGCGUCGGUACGGGCGAAACCCCGACCUCUUAAAGCCGGAGGUUCGCGCGAUGAUCCUCCCGAGGCUUCGCGCGGACUUGGCCGCGAUGGAGACGUACGUCCCGUCAUCGUCGUCGUCAAAGCUGACGGUUCGAACGCGCGUGAUACUCGCGGAGGGCGACGACCGAACGCCGCGAAGCCUCGUCGAACCCUGGGCCGGACACUGCGAGCCGCAAACGCUGUGCUCGUUCACCGCGGUAAAAGGCGUGUCUCCCGCGAACGAGGCGAGCGGCUCGGGGUACUGGGGCACGCCGCAUCGCGUGGUCCUCGACUACCCCGACGAGUUGCUGAGUUUCCUCCGUGACGAUGUGCCGACUCUGUUCAAAACGGCGACGCUUCCGGCCGAGUCGACAGACCCGGACAUAAACUCCAAGGAGAUGUUCGCCGAGCUCGACAGGCUCUACGGGGACUUCACCGCGUGGGACCUGGAGUACCCCCCGGUGAAGUGA